AUGCGAAGCUAUUUGCGAGUCCCGCGCACACUUCUGUCCGUCAGGAAUAGGUCGUCGAAAACCGAAUUCGCUUUCCGUCGUUUCUCCGGUGCCUGUUCAUACAACCCUCAGCGUUCCGCUUCCUACGUGACCCAUACAGAACCUAGAGCCUCAGGCGCGACCCUUCAUGGACGGAGGCCAGACUUUAUACGAGUAAAUCGAUCGGGCUCACCCGUUUGCUAUCCGACGGGAUUCGAACCAAUUCUUGGAUUGCCGGUUUCUGUUGUUGGAGAAGACCACCCAAAAGACGCCAUCGAGGAGGAAGAUCCCGAUAACGAUGAGCGAUAUGGAUUGCUACCCCAAGACUCGGAUUACAAUGGUUUAGGCAAAUGGCUUGUUGAAUCUCCGCUGGAGACUAUACGUGCUGAAUUUGAGAAACACAAUCUUGUGACAGUGGUGACCCACUCCUUGAUUUUGGAAACCGUGGUUAUCUAUUCUAUCAAGUGCCAUGUCCAUGUUACCGGCAAACCCGUAUUUGCAAACUGCAAUGGCAGGACGGAGGAAGAGGCGGCACGCAAAGCUGCCCUACUCAUUGUGCAAAAAAUGCACACGCAUGGUACAUUGCAAAUAUUAAAUCGUUUAAGGGAGGGCGGGAGCCUGGAGCUCGCAAUGAACACAGACCUACUCGCAACCAUGCGCAGCGCCUUACCGGAUCUAAUGCGCGCAGGACAGACUCCCGUCGAGAGAAGGCGUUGGUUCCUACCUAGGACUCUUGCAAGAAAUCCUUCUGAAGCUGCGCAAAUGCAGAAGCAGCCCUCGGACCAACAGUGCCAGGCGGCCGAUCUGCCAAUCAACGCCAUGAAGGAUCAAAUCCUUGACAUGAUCCAGUACAACACAUACAGCAUCAUUGUAGCGGAGGCUGGCGCUGGAAAAUCGAGUCAGCUGCCCCAAAUGCUGCUCGAUCAUGCAAUUGCAGGGUCAGCAGCGGCUUGCAAAAUCUUCUGUGUACAGCCAUAUCGAAUUGCCGCGUCUUCGCUUGCUCGACGGGUUGCGAAGGAGAGGGGCGAGGAGCUUGGACAAAGCAUUGAAUACAAAAUCCAUAUCGACGAUCAUCUUGGUGUAUUCGGAGUACCUAUCACGUAUUGCACAGCCGGCACUUUGCUGCGACAGUUGCGGCUUGCACCAUCCCUUCUUGAUUCGGUGUCAUACAUCAUUCUGGAUGAGGUUCACGAACGAACCGUUGAUCUUGACCUUACAAUGCUCUUUUUGAGGAAAGUCAUCAAUGAACGCCGAGUAAUGAAAGCUCACACACCGAAGGUCGUGAUUAUGAGUGCGACUCCAGACAUUGAUCGCGUUGCUUCUUAUUUCGGGGAUGAGUCGAAAGCAGGCUAUGCUGUGCCUCACCUUUACAUUCCGAGCCCAAGCCGCUCGGCUAAGAAGCAAUACCUUGAUGACUUAUUACCAUCUUUACAAACCAUGUAUCAGGAGAGCAUAGCAUCCCCAUACCUCCAAGAGCACAAGACACGAACCUACCUCGGGCGCCAUUAUUAUCAGUCUAAGAAAAAUAAAAUGGUUCGCAAGAUGAAUCCAGCCAAGUCAGAUUUGACGUCUCUUGAGAACGACCAUUUUGUACCUAUCGGCUUGGUCUGCCUGACAAUCAGCUAUGUUUUGUCCACUACCGACGAAGGCACCAUUCUGGUCUUUCUCCCAAGUCUGCCGCAUAUCACUGAAGUCCACAGAAAUCUCCGACACUACGGCAAAGGGCUUGGGAUUGACUUUGCUGAUACGGAACGAGUUGAGAUCCUGCGACUGCAUUCUAAUCUCCCGGACAAUUACGAUGACGUUUUCAGCGAUAGCCGGCCAGGAUGCCGGCGGAUUAUCCUGGCAACAGACAUUGUCGAGACGUCUGUAACCCUGCCUGGCGUAAAGCAUGUGAUUGACACUGGCCAAACACAUCGUAGGGUCUAUGACCCGCAAGCGAGAUUCAGCCGGCAACUUUGCCAGUGGGUUAGCAAGUCCAAUCUUGCCCGACGUGCUGGCUGGGCAGAACGAGUACAAGACGGUGGAUACUUUGCUUUGUACCCGCGCAGCCUGCAAUAUCGUUUUGAUACUAAUCCGCCUUCGGAGAUCUCCCAGGAUAGCCUUCAGAAUGCCUGUCUGAUUGCCAAAAAAGCAGACCCAACCACGCGCAUUGAAGUCAUCAUGGAGCAGUUGAUUGAACCACCAAAUAAAUCCCGCGUCAACGAAGCAGUUCAGAAUCUGCAAUACAUACGGGCUAUGAACUUGCGUGGUCACCCUACGGUGCUCGGUGAUAUUUUGUCCGAAAUACCAUUAGACCCCUGUCAUGGCAAGCUGGUCUUGCUGGGCGUCAUUUUCCGCUGUCUAGACCCUCUCCUCAUCCUUGCGGCUAUGGGGGGCGACUUGGCCUUGUUCCAUACGUCGCGUGGCAUUGAGCGGCGCAUGGCCUCGAGGGAUUGGCGCAUUAAGUAUUCCAUAAACAGCUGGAGUGACCACAUCAGCGCGAUCAACGCCUUCAAGUCCUUACGUAAGGUGUGGUACCAUCAGGGAACUGUGGAAACGUUGGCACGCGCCUUUGGCCGUAGUAUCAACUACGAUCGAUUCCGGGAAGCGCUGGACAUAGCACAGGAAACCCAUAGGAUCCUCGUCCGCGCGGGAAUCAUCCCUCAACAGUUUUACACCGAUGAUUCUCAAUUCCGGUUCGGCGGUCCGGAAAUGAACGUGAAUUCACUUCACGCCCCCCUCAUCAAGGCCUUGAUUCUCCAAUCCACAUAUCCCAACCUUGCUGCGCCGGUGCCGAAUGACGACUCGGUCUACCGCACCAGACGCCACAACAAGAGCUUCCCUCAUGCGUUUGGGGUGAACGGUAUCACACCACCGCGUUGCAUACUCACUUACAACAAAGGGUAUACAGAACGUUUCAUUGCGGACAGAUUCAUUCUGGGUAACACCAGCCAUGUCACUCCGUUGGCGGCGUGUCUCUUCGGAGGGCAACUUCGGGGGACCAGUAACACGUUGUGCAUGGAUGAGUGGCUGGAAUUCAGUAUCCGACUCAGUGAGGGCUCUGAGAAAGAUAGUGGACAGACUGCUAAGGAGCUGAUUGAAUUCCGCAAAGCACUUGAUAGGGCAAUCAUUGCAGCCUUUAAAACACUCACUAUCCCAUACGAGAAUGUGGAUGAGGGCUUGCCACCACCGAGAUCCAAUGUAACCCGUGAUCUCAUUCUAGAUACCGUUUCAAAGAGCGUUGUUGACGUUCUUGAUCGAGACAAUGAGAAAGUCCCCAUUGCUGCGCAUGCACAGCCUGAGAAUUGA